AUGGACAACAAAGGCACCUUCAACUCGAACGAGUCCGGCAUCGCCGGCUUCGGGCGCGGCCCGAUGUCUCUGCCGUCGCAGCUCAAGGUGCACAGAUUCUCCCACUGCUUGACGACCAUGGUAGAGUUCAGGACCAGCCCGGUGUUCUUGGGGACGCCUGAUGACCUUGAAGCGCACGCCACGGGGCCCAUCCAGUCCACCCCGUUCGUCCCAAACACUGGGGGUGCGCUCAGCUCGUUCUACUAUCUUUCACUCAAAGGCGUCACCAUCGGCAAGACGCGGCUGCCGUUUAACGAGUCAGCUUUUGCGCUCAACGACGAUGGCUCCGGCGGGACGAUCAUGGACUCAGGCACGAGCAUCACGAUCUUCCCGCGGGCCGUGUUCCGAAGCCUCCGGGAGGCGUUCGUGUCGCAGGUGCCGUUACCCAUCGCGAACGACUCCACUGAUGCUGAUAGCAUGCUGUGCUUCGACGUCGCCCCGAAGAAGAAGGUGCCCGCAGUGCCGAAGCUAGUCCUCCACCUAGAGGGCGCGGACUGGGACCUGCCACGGGAGAACUACGUGCUCGAUCUCGACGACGACGGCGACGGCACAGGCGGCGGGCUGUGCGUGGUGGUCCAUUCGGCGGGCGAAAGCGACUGGGCGAUCAUAGGCAACUUCCAGCAGCAGAACAUGUACAUCGUCUACGACCUGGACAGCAAUAAGAUGGUCUUCGCGCCCGCGCGCUGCGACAAGCUGUGA